AGGCCAUUCAAAGAGACAGCAGUCGCAAAGGAAACUUCUUUGAGAUUAGAAAUCAUCUGUUUCAGCAUCAGGGUCAGCGCUCCAAGAGGGGCCACACACUCAUCCACAUCCAUCCGAGCACAUGUGUAAGGCGAUGUUACAUAGGAGCGCCUCUCAGCUGCUGUUCCUCAUAGCGAUCUGCGGCGUCUUUUACACGCGGACUCUCAGUUUGCCGCUCGCCACUACACGAGCCACUCGACACGCGGACGGUCUGUUCACCAGCGGCUACAGCAAACUGCUGGGCCAACUGUCAGCCAGACGCUACCUGGAAUCGCUGAUCGGCAAACGUGUCAGCGAUGAUCUGGUGGAAGGACAGAUGCCAGUGAAGCGUCAUUCUGAUGCGAUAUUCACAGAUAACUACAGUCGUUUCCGCAAGCAAAUGGCUGUGAAAAAGUACCUGAACUCUGUCUUAACAGGAAAGCGGAGCCUAGAAGACCCUGCCAGUGAGCAGGAGGAAUCAACUGGAGGAGAAACCUCCUACCGGGAGAGCUAUGAUGACAUAACUGUAGAUGAGCUUCUUAAUCAUAUACCAAUGCCACUCUGAAGACCACCUGAUAAGAAAACAUGAUUAUCAGUGACUGUAAUAGACAUUCCAUAUACAGAGUAUAGUAAAGGAUAGCAGCAUUUAAUUUCGAAACAAUUUUUCUCAACAUUAAAACAUGUAAAAUGUGGUAACCUAUAAAGUAAAUGUUUACACUGUAUAUAAUAAUUACACUUUAAGGAAUGUUGGCCUGGAGGUAUGUGUGUGUAGUUAGUUUUGGCCCAGAAACAAACACAUUCCUUCUUUGUUCUCUGUAGGUAGUAGAUUUAAUAAAAUAAGUAAUUAAUAAGUAAUUAUUAAACGCAUUGAAAGAAGCCAUGGACUGGCACGGUACAAUCAGAGAGCAAGAACUUAAACCCAAAGACCACAAGGGGAGCAUCAAUUAGAUCCCAGCAGUAUUGUAUUAGGUUGGAACAAAGAUUGAUUAUGUAAUAUGGUCUGAUCUCAAUGAAUUUUGUAAAUCAGAAUAAUUUUAUAAGAAUCUAUUGCUGUUGCUUCUCUGUUGGUUCUCAAGAGAAGGGAACUUAAAGAGCUGGGUGGGAUUGGGGUAAUGGAGAAUCUUUAUUU